AUGGAUUUUGGGAGAAGGCAGCGGCCGGAUGAGGUGACGACACCAAAGGUUGAAGCGAACCUCACUCUCCUAGGUGUAAGCGCACCGUCGUCGUCACCUUCAGCAGCCCACUGUCGUGUCACCUUUGACACCGCAGAUCAGCAAGCGGCAUGCACUACUGACUCUCCUCCGCGAACCUCAGUCGAGAAGAAAGCGCGCGCGGGAACGUUGGCGGUCGUGUCUCCGUCCUCCAGUCGCUUUCAAGUACCGCCACCGCCACUCUCACAAACCGCACGAGCUCCUGCCGCGCAAGCGUCCCGACACGCAUCACCACACAAGGGCAAAGAAAGCGCCACAGUCACCUCUACCGAAGCGCAGAGCCCCAACAGCGUCCACGCAUACCAUCAUGGGGACCGCCAACUCAGCGAAGAUGCCGUCAAGGUCGUCAGCGUCCGUAGUGAUGCGGAAGGAGAGGAGGGCGAUGUUGCUGCGCGGGUCCUCUUCUCGCUGCUUGAGAAGGAUAACGUGAUCAAGCGGCUCACACGCACCGUUGAGGCGUUGCAAGACGAGAAUACUGUGCUGCCCAGUCGUCGUGAGGCGGCGGCGGCGGAGGCGGCUGUCGUACCAACGCCACCAGCCACGGGCUUUGCACUCUCUCCGGAUAGGGUGAAGACAUCGUCCCCGUCGUGGCCUGCGACGCCGGUGCGUUGGUGGAAGACGGAGCCCAAGGCCUUGCUGUCUGAGGGUGUUCGACAGCCGUACGAAGGCUCGCAAGCUCCCGAGGGGAGUAAUCAUGCCAACCUGAAGAAGCAGCGCCUGCACGCUUCCCCAUCCCUCUCGGCUGCUCAUGCCACCACGAGUACCAUCACAACUCUGCAGCGCACGCUGGCCGAAAAAGAGGCGGAGUUGGCAGGGCUUCACGCACACGCCACCAUCCAUGGCACGGCGCAGGCCGCGGGAGACGCCGCCAUGUUUGCUGGAGAACCGCCUUUGGACCACAACACCGAUGAUUCCUUGACAGCUGGCGCUCGACGCGCACCAUCAGCAUCGACGUCUGCGGCGGAAGCGGUCGCAGAGGCGCGUAUCGCCCAGCUCGAGUGGCAGCUGGAGAACGUUCAGCAAGAGAAACGAGAGGACACACACACGCUGCGGGACCACAUCAACCAUCUCACGCGUGAACUACACCGCAAGAGUCGCCACAUGGCGCGGCAAGAGCGGCAGCACAAGCUUGAGCUUACGGCUCUUCAGCAGGAAGUAACGGCCCUAGCCGAUCAGCUUGACGAGCAGAUUCGUGUCUCCGCGAGCGCCGCUUCUGCAUCGCCGAGGAGAGAGCCGGAGACGGAGCAGGUGAUGGAGCUUCAGCGUCAGCUGGCGGAGGUGAAAGCACGGGAGGCGCUGCUGCUGAGGGAGAGUGCAGCUACGCAGCGGCGCUGGCUGCGAGAGCUGGAGGAGCAGAAGCACUUGCUCGACGAAGCUCGUGCGGAAGCUGCGCAGGAAGAGGCACAGAACGAGUGUCGUGUGCAGCAGGAGCGCCAGCUGGCUCAGAUGACAGCUCAACAGCAGCAGCAGCAGCUUGAGGCGCAGGUGCGUCAGUACAAGGCUGCCCUCGCGCAAGCGCAGCGAGAGCUGUCAGAGCUGCGAACCGUACAUCAGCGCACAGAGGCGACAGUGUCGGACCAGCGACAGCACCUCCAGCUGAUCAGCCAUGACAUCGCCACAGCAGCGCUGGAGCGUGCUCAUGAGGAGCAGCGAACUGCGCGUGCGGAAGAGCAGGUCAUGCUGCUCCGCCAGCAGCUGCGUCAAGCAGAAGCCAUCAUCUCAUCACAAAAAGCCGAGCUGGAGGCGCUCCGACAGGCUCGCCAGGACGAGGCGACGACGGCCUCCGCGCUGCAAGAGGAAGAACACGCCGCACUGCUCAAGCAUGUGGAAGGCUGCAUGAAGGGCAGUGAGGCGGUGGAGAGCGCGUUACUGGCGGCGGAGAGCAGCAGACGUGAGAUGGCUUCCCAACUGGCGCAUGCCCUGGAUGAGCGGAACGAGUACCACCGACUAUUCCGUGAGGCGUCGGUGCAGGCACAGGCACAGCUGUUGGAGCAGCAGCAGCUCCUCAGCGAAGGUAACGAUGUAGUGUUCCGGCGACUGCGAGAGGUCCAAGCAGAUCUUACGUGUCGCACAGAGGCUCUGGGGGCGACACAGAGUGAACUGCAGACGGUGCAACGGCAACUAUUCGCCUUGAAGGAUGAGCUCAGCAGCUCAGAAACAGCGCGAUGUGAACUUGGUGAAGAGCUGCGAGCCGUGCAGGCGCGGUACGAGGCCCAGACCGCACAACUCGUCCGUGUAAAGGAAGAUUUGAAGGGCGCGUUGCACGCGCAGCUGACUACAGUGGGCAAACUUCGUAGAAGGGAGCAGCAGCUGCGCUCGCAGCAGGCGAUGUCGCAGCGAGCGAGGGAACGGCGACAAGAGGAACAGCGGGCACUCCAGGGCAUUGUGGACCUUCUGUGGUCACCGGCCGCAUCCCUGUUGCCGGCGUGCCGGCGCGCUUCUGCGGUGGGGACACACGAAGUAAGCCGCGUGUUGAAUUUGCCGCCGGCAAAAGUACUGAGGAGUGCAACAACGCUGGCACCAGGUAGCAUACCGGCCCUGUCGCGUAGGGCCCUCGCGUCGAUGCUGGAGUGGAGUGCCAGCAUCGAUGCGAGGAAAUCUCGCCGUGACCAGAAGCGGCGAUGGGCGGGCAGAGCCGACGCCCUAACGGCGGGUGUCGGUGUCGAAAGCAGCGAUGUCCAGUCGACCGUGCACCCGUCUCGGUCGGCGUCGUCGGUGUCCUCCGCUACAACGUCGGUGGUGAUGUCCGCUGUCAGCUGGGCCGACGCGCCAGCGACUUGCGAGGAAGACGAUACGUCGGCAAAGCUUAGAGCUGCUGGAUCCACGAGGGUGCCCCUCCAUUCCCGCGUCGACAGCAACCUACCUACGCUCGAACGGCAGCUGCAGCUCUCUGCCAUCGCCCACAAAGGAGAAGGGCGAACAGCGGCAACCGAUACCGACCUCCCCGUCCUACGCCUUCUCGGUGCCAUUCACGAUGCUGUUGAGCAGAUGUGCGCAGCCUUCGCCGCCGCGCAGCACGAGCUCGGUACCAAGCGUACUGCGGUCCGGACGCUGGUGAAGGAACGGAAGGCGCAACAGGCACAGGUAGAGGAGCUGCGCGCUACCCUUCAAGAGCAGCAGCACAAGGCAGAGCGGCUACAGCGCAACGCUGUCCAGACCAUGCGUGCGGAGUCUCAAGUGGAGCUCGAGAAGGCGAACCACGCAUGGCGGGAGAGGCACGAGGUGGAUAUGGCACUUCAGCUACGGUCCUGUGCGGAGCAGCAUCGACGCGCAGUGGCAGAGGUCGUGGAGGCGUGCGCAGAGCACGUCCAAGCGGAGCUCAUCGCCUUUGUACAACUCCUGCCCACCACUCUGGGCGCUGCGCUGGCAGCAGCCGCAUCGGCCUCAGCGGAGAGCAUGCGCGACAAAGUGCUUCGAGAAGUACGUCAUGAGUACUGCUGCCCCCCUGACACUCCGACCGCAGUCCAUCACCUCGUCGGUGGUCACGACCAUGGUGCACCGACGCCUCCCACAAGCACUGCCGCCGCGGCUGCUGAUGAUGUGUCGCUCCUCUCGUUGGGCCUUGAGGUGCAGCCUGAUGUGCAGGCGGAGUGCGACGCGAUCAUUCGGGAUGUUCUCGGCAUGGCGUGUGGGUGGGACGACUUGACCAGCGCUGUUAUGAUCGCCAGCAGCACUGCAGUCGCUACUUAUCCGCCAGGACGCGUUCUGCCCUCCACAGCAUCGCCGGAUCCGCAGCCAGGCGCGCUUGCUUACAACUCCGCUGUCGGGAGCAGCGCCUCCCCUCCGGCUGCCGAGCCAACUCAAAGAAUCGUAGCGAAUGCCGAAGCUGCUCUCUGGGCCGAAGAGGAGAUGGCAGAGCUUAGAGAAGUGAUCCAUUCACACCUCACUCACUCACUAGCGUCGCUGACAGCAGUGACAUCGCUUUCCUCGCUGGCGGGAGUGACCACCGGCGUGUCGGGAAACAGGAAAGGUGAAGUGCGGCAAGACGCGUAUGGCCAUGUGCGAGACACACCUGCCACUCUCGGCGGUGCGAGUAGUGGCACCAGUCCCAUCAAUGCCAAGAGAGCGGACGCCGGUGAAGGGUUGGAGGCGGCACUGAGAGAGACAGUCCUACCACGAUGGAUGAACUUCCCUCGCACGGCCACCCAUCAAGCCUCACCAUCACCGUCGCUUUCACCCGUCAGGGUAACUGUAAGCACUCCAGCUCCGCCGAGAAGCUCUGCUGCUGGAGUAGUAGCCGCUACUCCAGUUUCUCUACAUCAGCAGCAACCCCGCCUACUCGCCUUGUUGCUGAAUGCGUGUGUGGCACACGUGCACGAACGACUGCUGGCGUGA